AUGACCUCUUCCCCUCCCUUUCUCCUUAAAAUUUCAGCCCCUGCAACUUCACCUCAAGCAGACUGUCCUAACAACUACUCCUUCCCUCCUGAGUCUCCAUCGUCCUGCAGGAAAGGAUUCACCCCUGUUCUUACUGUCGAGGUGCCUGUGGCGUCCGGGAAAGAGUUCAACGACCACCUUUCCUGUACUGCUGGCCUUUCUCCAAAUGCAGGCAACAGAUUCACCAACCCCCCUUACUCUAGAGAACCUUUCUCUUGCCUCACCAUUUCUUCUCCUUGCUUACCUCGACGGAUCCCCACCCCACCCCCUCCGCCCCCAGUACUCUCCUCCCCACCCCCACCGGAGAGGUCUUCUUUUGAACCCUUUUCUCCACUCAUAGGAAGGCUGUACAGCCAAGAGCCAGGUGGUUCAUCCCCUCCGAGUCCUUGUUUUGACCGACUCAGCCUUCAGGGGUCACCCGCUGCUCAUCAGCGGAACCCUUAUUGCAACUUUAUUGGUUCCCCAGAAUCUCAGCGUUCAUGUCCUCCAAGUCCCCGUCUUUGUUACGUGUCUUCCCCACCUCUCAUUCAUCAGCCCCCUAGAGCCAGCCCAGUAACUUCCCCUCAACUUACUCAUAUAACCUUGGAGACAGGCCCUGUGAUUUCGACUCCCCUUAUGCCAGGGUCCCAGAGAAAUUGCCCCAUAAUUUCACCUCUUCUUACUCAUCGGCCCCUGAGAACUGGCGUUACAAUUUCACCUCCUCUUCCUCCCCGAUCUGUGGAAACUAGACCUCCAACCUCUCCAUCCAUUUCUCACCGAGUUUUGGAAACUGGGUCCGUGAUGUCUCCCUGGUCCUCUGGAAGAAGUUACAACGAUCCUCCCCUUUCCUCAGCAUCUUCUCCAUCCUCUGGCAACCCUUACAAUGACCACCCUACCCGUCCAGACUCUUGUGAACUUAAACCACAGCUUGAUGUAUCUCUUGGGAAAAAUGGCUGUGGUCCUCCACUUUCUUCUCAGGCAGGCGUGUCAGGCUCUCCCAUCUCACCCCAAGAGGGUUGUAUUCAUUAUUCCCAUUUAUGCCCAGAUUCCCAGAUAUCUGCCCCUAAGAGUCCUUACUGUGUUAUCAACCUACCACCUGCGGGUGCUGGUUCUCCUAGCUCAUCCUUGCCUCAGGCUCUCCAGAAGCCCUGCAUAGGGUCCUUUCUGUGGGAGCCUGGGGGGAACUCUUACCUCUUACUAACUCCAGGUGCUGUAAUUUCUGGCCCCACAGAACCUCUUCCUCAGUGUCCUUCCCUGUAUUUCCCAUCUCCCCUGGACAACCAGUGUUUAGCUCCACCUCGGUCACCUAGAGGUUAUAAAGAACCCUGUCUCCCUACCCCAGCUCCCUCUAAAAUGAAGUCCCCCAAAUCCUCGGAAUCACGACGCACUCCCUACAAGUGUCGCUCCCUAGUCAACACACCCCACCAUACUCCUAAUCAUCCGAAGUCUCAUAAGACCAACACCUGUCCUCAGCCUCCUCCCCAGCCCGUUGGCCUCUCUAGUCCACUGAUGGAGCCCUCCAUCACAACUACUUCAAAUUCCGGCCCAAAAGAACUUCCCCCAGAGACUCCUGUCCUCAAAACUGUUGCUCCUACUUCCUGUCCCCAUACCUUGCCUUGUAAUCCUGCCUUGCCCAGUAGAUAUCCUAAGAGCAGUCCCCACGGACCACCUCCAGUUUCCCCCUGUAAUACUCAUAUGUAUUCUGUGGUUCCCCCCACCUCCCAUUUAUCCCCACUCUCUAGUCCCCUAAAUCAGUCUGUACAUCUCCCUUAUAACCAGCCUGUGGUUCUUCCCUGUGGCACUUACUCUGCUCCCAGGGGUCCACCACUACCCCAUGGCAAGCCUGUGGUGCCUCCUUGUUCCACCCAUAUCUAUUCUUUUAUCCCUCUGAGAACACCCUUUGACCCCCGAUGUUUACCUGUUGUCCCUCGAGCUCGGUUUUGCCCCACUACUAUUCCCUGUGGCGUUCAUACCUACGCUGUGACCAAUUCAGGCCCACUGAACAAUCCCUCCCAGAUUCCCUACAGCUGUUCUUUGCCUCCAUCUCAGACACCCUCCACCUGUAGCACUUCUGCCAGUUCAACUAUUGUUUGUAGUGACUAUCAAAGUAGUGACGGCCAGAGUAACCACCAAAACAGAAGUCAGAGCCAGAACAAGAGCAGCUCCGUUGGUAAUCAAAACAAGAAUCCCCUAAGAAGGGGUACCUUUCAGAGCAGAAGUCGGAGCCAGAGCAGUAGUCCUCCCCGAAGCAGUACUCAGGACCAGAGUGAGAGUACCCACAUGAGUGCCAGUCACCAUAAGAGAAGUCGGAAUCAAAGCAAGAGUCCUCCAGAUGGUAUAAUUGAGAGCCAGAGUAAGAGUCCCCAGCAUAGGAAAAGUUUGGGACAAAUUAAGAGUUCCCACAGUAAGAAGAAAUAA